AAAAAAGAAAAAAAGAGAGAGAGGAAUAAACCCUAAAGAAGGCUCAUUUCUAGUUUCCUCCUCAUCUUCCUCUUCUUCGCCGUCUUCUUCUUCUUCUUCUUCUUCUUCUUCACCGGAAGCUGAUUAUGGAAGCUUCGGCUGAUAAAACUACGCAAGCGAUUUCUGAAUUAUCCAUGGAUUCCUCUAACUCUUCGAUUGCUGAGCCUGGUGCUAGUGAUGGAGCUGGACCUCGGAGUAAAAAUGCUCUGAAGAAGGAACUGAAGAUGAAGCAGAGAGAGGAAGAGAGGAAACUCAAGGAAGAGGAAAAGGCCAAACAAGCUCCUAAGGCCCAGAGCCAGAAGUCAGUGGCUGCAGAUGAUGAGGAUAUGGAUCCGACGCAAUACUUUGAGAACAGACUGAAAUAUCUUGCGGCCGAGAAGGCUAAGGGAGAGAAUCCAUAUCCUCACAAGUUUUCUGUGUCAAUGUCCAUUCCUGAAUAUAUUGAGAAGUAUGGUAGCUUAAACAAUGGGGAUCAUGUUGAAGACGCUGAAGUUUCUCUAGCUGGCCGGAUAAUGAACAAGCGAUCUUCUUCGUCCAAGCUCUUCUUCUAUGAUCUACACGGUGAUGAAUACAAGGUCCAAGUUAUGGCUGAUGCAAGUAAGUCAGGAUUGGAUGAAGCUGAGUUUUCAAAGCUCCAUGCGCAUGUUAAGCGUGGUGAUAUUGUUGGUGUCACUGGGUUUCCAGGAAAAACUAAGAGGGGAGAGUUGAGUAUCUUCCCCCGAUCGUUUAUUGUUCUGUCCCAUUGCCUACACAUGAUGCCAAGAAAGGCUGAGAAUGCUGAUUCAAAUAAACCUGAAAACCGGGUUCCAGGUAAACCGAGAAAUCCACGAAAGGCUGAGAAUGCUGAUUCAAAUAAACCUGAAAACUGGGUUCCAGGUGAACUGAGGAAUCCUGACGUAUAUGUUCUGAAAGAUCAGGAAACUCGAUAUCGCCAGCGUCAUCUUGAUCUAAUGUUGAACAUGGAGGUUCCCAAGAUAUUCAAAACCCGAUCUAAAAUCACUAAAUACGUCCGCCAAUUCCUUGACAACAAGAACUUUUUGGAGGUUGAGACACCUAUGAUGAACAUGAUUGCUGGUGGAGCAGCGGCCCGACCGUUUGUCACAUAUCACAAUGAUCUUAAUAUGAAGCUGUUCAUGCGUAUCGCACCGGAACUCUAUCUUAAGCAACUUAUUGUUGGUGGCAUGAACCGUGUUUAUGAGAUUGGAAAGCAAUUCAGAAACGAGGGUAUUGACCUGACCCACAAUCCGGAGUUCACCACAUGCGAGUUCUAUAUGGCUUACGCAGACUACAAUGACCUGAUGACAAUGACUGAGGAUAUGUUGAGUGGCAUGGUCAAGGAAUUAACAGGUGGUUACAAAAUCAAGUAUCAUGCUAAUGGGUAUAAUAAGGAGCCAAUCGAAAUCGACUUCACUCCUCCAUUCAGGAGGAUUGAGAUGAUAGGAGAGUUGGAGAAGGUGGCUAACCUCAAUAUACCGAAAGACUUGGCUAGCGAAGAAGCAAACAAGUAUCUGAUUGAUGCUUGUGCGAGGUUUGAUGUGAAAUGCCCUCCUCCUCAGACAACAGCCCGUCUGUUAGAUAAACUUGUUGGAGAAUUUCUGGAAGUGACAUGUGUAAACCCAACUUUCAUCAUCAACCAUCCGGAGAUCAUGAGUCCCUUGGCAAAAUGGCAUAGAUCGAACAGUGCUUUGACUGAGAGAUUCGAGCUGUUCAUCAACAAACAUGAACUCUGCAACGCCUACACCGAGUUGAACGAUCCUGUGGUUCAGCGGCAGCGUUUUGCUGAUCAGCUCAGGGAUCGACAAUCUGGAGACGAUGAAGCGAUGGCUUUAGAUGAGACUUUCUGUAAUGCUUUGGAAUAUGGAUUGCCUCCUACAGGUGGUUGGGGAUUGGGGAUAGACAGACUUACUAUGCUCCUUACUGACUCACAGAACAUCAAGGAGGUUAUUCUCUUCCCGGCGAUGAGGCCACAGGACGAGCCAGCAGCCGCCGCUAAAGCUCCUUUGCAAGCAGGGAACGAAGGAAACUAGAGCACAGUUUUCAUCUCUUUUGUCAUACUAAAGCUUUUAAAGUUUGGUAGUCAAGUUUGCUCUCAAUUUACUUUUAAAUUGCAAUGUACGAACAACCAUAUUUUUUACAAACAAAGCAACCAGUUAUUGUCUAAAACCUUUUUAAAAACU